CCACAGCACUGAUGUUGUCCAAGGGAAGGGCAUUAGGACUCAUACAGCUUGGCACCAGUUUCGUCGCAGAGCAAUGUGUGAUUAAGUGUCUUGCUCAAAGACACAACACGCUGCCUCGGCUGGGGCUCAAACUCAUGACCUUGAGAUCAUUAGUUGAAUGCCUUAACCAUAUGGCCACGUGGCCUCUCUGCUCUUUAACUUAGCACCUAACUCCCUGAACUCUCCCUACCCAUGUCAUUGGUAGCUACAUGGACCACGACCUCAAGCUGUUCAUGCUCCCCUUAAGAAUGCUGAGGACUCAAUCCAAGAUGUCCCAGACCCUGGCACCCAGGAGGCAAUAUAUCAUCCAGGAUUCUCAUUCUCAUCCACAGAACCUCCUUUCUAUUCCCCUAAUGAACGAAUCUCCUACUGGCACUGCUCGCCUCUUCUCCUCCCUUCCGUUAAGUCACAGAGCCAGACACAAUGCCAGAGAUCUACCACUGUGACUUUCCUCUGCUCGGUCAAUCCGCCCCCCGCAACAGUAUCCAAAAUGGUAUACCUGUUGUUGAGGGGGAUGGCCACGGGGGUACCCUCCACUGUUUGUUUACCCUCUUUCCCCUUUCUCAAUGUCACCCAGUUUCCUGUGUCCUGCACCUUGGGCGUAACUACCUCGCUAAAUGUCCUGUCUAUCAUCCCUCAGCCUCCCGAAUGAUCCAGAGAUCAGCCAGCUCCAGCUCCAAUUUAUCAACGCGGAGUAUUAGAAGCUGCAGCUGUAUUCAACUAUCCUGCCUGACAUCACUGCUGAUCUAACAGAGCAAAUAUAAAGAAGGAAAAUCAAUAAAUAAACUGUGUGUGUGUGUGUGUGUGUGUGUGUGUGUGUGUGUGUGUUGGGGGGGGGGGUAAAUCUACCUUCAGCUUUUCAUUUUCUUUGACUAAAGCCCCAAACUCCACAGUCUAAUUCUGUCCACUCCAACAAUGGCCCCUCCGCUUGCCGCUGCCUUAUUUUAAUUUGUUCUUGCAAAUCGAUCCUGAACGCUGAUAGGCCAAUGUUCAAAACACCAAACUGCCAUGAGUUGCUGUCUUUUCUCCUUAAUUUGUGAACCUGAGUGAAUUACGUCUUCCCACGCUUCCGAUCUCUGAUUGGCUGCUGCUCAAUACACCAAACUGCAGUGAGUCAAUGCCUUUUCUACUCAAUCAGCGUACCUGAGUGAGCUACGUCUUCUCACGCUUCUGAUCUCCAAUGGGCCACUGCUCAUUGACUUGUAUGCAUUUAUUUUUUUUAUUAUUUCGAGAUACAGCACGGUAACAGGCGCUUCCAGCCCAACAAACCCAUGCCACCAAAUUACACACAUUGACCUACUGUCCCGUAAGUCUUUGGACUGUGGGAGGAAUCCGGAGCACCCAGAGGAAACCCAUGCGGUCACAGGGCGAAUGUACAAACUCCUGACAACAGCCGGAAUCGAACCCAGAUCACUGGCGCUAUAAUAUCUAUGCUAACCACAAUGCUACUGUGCCAACUUCUUCAUGACGUGAAAUUUGUUGUUUUGUGGCAGCAAGUACAGUGCAAAGACAUCAAAAUUACUGCAAAUAAAUAAUGCAAGAAAAUGAAAAACCUUUAUGGGUUCAUGGAAAUCUGAUCAUGGAGGAGAAGAUGGCACCGGCGAACAGCGCUACCACAGGCGACAUCCUCCAGAUGGUCCACAAAACUUUCUUUCACUUCUUUUACAUCUUUUUCUUUCCUUUGUGGCACUGGUACUGUUGGAGCCUGUGAUCUACAAUUUCAUUAGGUGUUUUUGGGCCAAUUGAGUGAUCUAGUGCUUUGCUGUCUGUGAGAAGGUUCCAGCAGGCUUGUGGCCAAUAAGCUUAGAGAUGGGGCACGAGCCCAUGAUCAACUCCAUUUCUCGCUGAUUAAAGCAUAGAGGAAGAUUGAAAGCAUAGAGGCAAGAGUGGAAGGCAAGCGGGUGUUCAACGCCUUUUACCAGCUUUUAGCUCACUGCUGCCGGGGGAAGGUGUCUCUUUCCCUCUUGCACACUGCUCCCGAGGGAAGGUUCCUGUGUUUGAAUGGUCUCUCUCCCUCGAUGCUGGCAGAGGAUGGUAUCUGCAGCUGUGGACUGGACUGGAGCUCCUGGUCACUACUUUUUCUGUUGCUAUUUUGGGUGACUUUGAAUCAGGGCAGCCUGGAGAUAGUAAACACUAAGCUGAACUGAAAACGGACUCUUUUGAUUGUGUGUUUGAUUCUGUGUUUUCACUUGUUCUUUCUUGUUGCUGUUUGCACAAUUUGGUUUUUGUGUUGGGGGGGGAAUUGAUGUUCUUCUUGCCAGUUACGCAUUUUCUUUUCUUGCACGUUGGGGGAGGUUGAUGUUUUUCUCUGAUAGGUCCUGUGGUUUUCUGUUUCGUGGCUGUCUUUGUAGAAGACCAAUAUCAGGGUUGAAUACUGCAUUGUACUUUGAAUCCUUUGAAGGAGCUGUUCCUGAAUUAUUGAGUGUGUGUCUUCAGCAAUAACAGAAUGCAGAGUGCAGUUUCAAAGGGUCUGGGUGGAAAGGAAUUGACAGCAUGGGCCAGUUGAAUUGCAGGUACAUUUUCCGUGCUGUAAGACUCUGUGACUGUAUUAUAGCGCGACAAUUACAGAAAAAGUGCAGUGCAGUUAGAUAAUAAGAGUUGAACAUAAAAGCAAGAUUAACAUUGCAUUGACUGCAAAGUUGUAAAAGGUGCCACGAAAGCAAAGGCUGUUACAUUAUUACGGACGACGCAUUCCAACGGAGUUCAGAGAGCGCGGACAGCGCCUGCGCGCUGCUCCGGCCUGUUUGUUUACACGGCAGGCGUGCCUCUGCGGUCACGUGAGCUGGCGGUGACGUCAGCGCGGUUGUCGGGGAGCUGCCGAUGCGGCCUCUCAGGUGAAAGGGAGUCUCACAGUAUUUGAUUUCAUCUACGAUGGAACUAGCAACCAAUUUUUUCCGAGUGGAGUUCCCAAAUUUCACGAGUACUUUACUGCAGAGGUUAAACCAGCAGCGUCAAGAUGGACAGCUAUGUGACAUCACUAUUCAAGUUCAGGGUCAUUUAUUCAGGGCCCAUAGGGCUGUAUUAGCUGCCAGUUCACCUUAUUUCUGUGAUCAGGUACUACUGAAGAAUAGCAAUCGGAUUCUUCUGCCAGACGUGAUGAACCCAAAGGCAUUUGAAAAUGUUUUGUUAUCUUGCUACACGGGGAAGCUUGUAUUGCCAGCCACUGACAUUGUCAGCUACUUAACAGUAGCGAGCUUCCUUCAAAUGUGGCACGUGGUGGAUAAGUGUACAGAACUUUUAAAGAUGUGCCCAACUGUUCCAUACCAGAAGGCAAAUCAUUUGAUUGACCAUCAGUCACCCAGUAGCAGUAAUUUUAAUGGCUUAGGGGAACAUUCAGAACUCAAUGCUCUGGGACAACAUGAACUCAAUAAGGGUACAACUGAAGAUUCAAAGGCUGAUGAAAAUGGUGAAGAGAGCCCCAAAGAGGGUAACGUGUCACCGCCUCAAUCCGUAGAUCACGACAACCUUCCCAGCAAUUCCUCGGGAGAGCAGGAUCACUUAAGUGCAGAAAUGAAUAGCCAGGAUGGCGAGGAAGGAGCAAGUGACAGUGCAGAGUAUGCUUUUGCCAGACCGCUGUAUAGUCAGCCUAGCAUAAUGCCUCACAAACGGUGGGUGUAUGUAAAACAGGAAAAGUUUGAGCAGGAUUAUGGUGAUGGAGUCUCCCUUCCUGCUGUUGAAGAUCACCAAGUCUCCGAGUCGGAGAAUCUUACUCAGGCAGAACCAGUAAUACAAUCUUCCAGCAUUGAUGACAGCUUUAAUAUCGUCACUGCCAAAAACCAAGAGAUGUUUGAGGAAGGACCUGAGAAUCGUUCUUACGAUGAGCAGGUCGAUUACUAUGGGUCAUCACUGGAUGAGUUUUCAGCUGACAGGGGAGAUACGAGCAUCAGUGCACACCGUCAGGAUCCGUUGAUGGCAGCAGAAAUGCAGGUGAAUCGACUGCCUGGUUAUGGGGUUGAAGGUGAACUAGGGCCACCAGUUAAUGAAAAGACCUCUCACUCUGGCUUCACUGCUGUUGUUUACAAACUUUACCCAUGUCAGUGUGGCAAAAACUUCACUCACAAGAGUCAGCGAGAUCGACACAUGAGCAUGCAUCUUGGCCUCCGGCCAUAUGGCUGUGGUGUUUGUGGUAAGAAAUUUAAAAUGAAGCACCAUCUUGUUGGCCAUAUGAAGAUCCAUACUGGCAUUAAACCGUACGAGUGCCACAUCUGUGGUAAGAAAUUCAUGUGGCGAGAUAGUUUUCAUCGGCAUGUGACAUCGUGCACAAAACUGUAUCAGGUCCCUGAUGUCCGCUGACAGGACUUAUGGGCCAAGAGGCUCAUUUAAAUUAUAUACGGUACUUGAUGUAGUUAAGAUGUUUUAAGUGCUUUUGACUCAUUCAGUGGUGGGCUCAGUCACAGUAGAAAACCAGAGGUUUCAUUGCUGACAGCCAGGGGAUUGUGAGAAAUCUGUAGGUGCCACAAUGACAUUUAUUUAACCAAAACCAUUCUCCUAUAGUUUUUACACUUUAAAUCUUGCACAAUUACAUGACUGCUAGACAACUGAAUUGACGAGCCUUGUGUACAUUUAAUGUGGAAAGAAGUGAAAGCAAAUCUAGGAAUAAAUGUAGAACUGUAUUUUGCUAAUGUGUUAUUAGCUCCAUUUGCACAUGUAUAUUUUACGUCGAGUCUAUACUGAGAGCGUUGUGUGUAGAAAUGCUGUCAGCUCGCAAAUGAACAUCUCGCCUCUGAGUAUGAAGCUUUUUGGGCUCGAGUCCCCCACAAGCGACUGGGGGAUAGGUCGCCACUUACAUGCAUCACUGAGGAAAUACAUUGGAGUGCCAUCUUUCCAAUGAGAGAUUAAACCGCAGCUGCAAAUGCCCUUAGGUACAUGUUAAAGAUCCCAUGGCAUUGUUUCAAAGGAAGAAUAGGGGAGGUAGCCUAAAGUCCUGGAUAAUUUUUAUUCUCAAUCAACAUCACUUGCAGAAAGUAAACAUUAUUUAAUCUUGCUCUGCAUAAACUAGCAGCUGCUUAUCCUACAUUACAACAGUGCUUAUACUUUAGAAAAAGUUCUAUUUUAGCUGUAAAGCACUUCCGAAUGUCCUGAGAUUAUUAAAUGGACUAUAUUAAUCCAAGUCUCAUUCUUUCCCUUUUCUGCCUUUCACAAAGGCAGUUUUAUGUAAUGGAGAGGAUUGUGAUAGGAAUUUAUAUAUUACAUGCACAAAACCAGAAGUUGGAGCAGUUUACAAUCAUCUUAAAUUCCAAGGCUGCAGAUGCCAUGUUAAUGGAAAUUCCUAUUAAAGUGUUGUAUUCUGGAGCCUGAUCCUCAGAAUUAUAUUUGGACUUUGAGGAUUAGUACUGCGCUCGGUGUUCGAAUGGUGCCCAACGUUGUUUGUGAACAAUGGACUGCCGAUCAUUUUGCAAAAGGCUUACAGAUUGAAAUACUCUUUAAGAUGUUUGAAGUCUUUCAACCAAACCUUUCAUUUGGCAUGUUGGCUGAUGAAUAACUUAAGAAAUCUUUCUGUAACUUUGAAUAUUUGGUAUGUUGUAGCUUUGCAAUGCAUUCUAAAAAAAAUUGUCUGCAUUGAUAGUGGCUUUAAAUAACUAGGUGUGAGACAGGCUGAAAAUAACAACUAUAGUAGACUGAUGCUCGUUUCCCAAAAUGGUAUUACUUGCAUACUCUGUGUAUGUGUAUAUUUGAAGUAUUGUGUCCUAGACACUAAAUGUUGAGCAUGCAUGACAGCUGAGGAGUAAAUUACCAGUCAGAUUUACUGACGGAACUCAGCACAUCAGGCAGCAUCUAUGAAAAGGAACAAACAGUCAACAUUUUGGGCUGAGACUCUUAUCAGGACCUGAUGAAAGCUCCAGCAUUUUAUGUUUGUUCCUCUGGGUGUUCAUCAGCAUCUGCAGAAUCUCUUGUGUUCAAGAUUUACUGACAAAAGUUUCUAUUUGGUAAGGUAUUAUUCACAGUAGAUGGAUAUCUAUGAAACCACAAUGAAAUUAUAGAAGAAUAUAAGGUGGAAAGAGAGAAGAGGAAAUUAAUAAUUAAUAAGCUCCAAAGAUGAAAAUGCAGCUUUUGAUAGAACAACUUAUUGGCUUCUUUAACAAUGGUGGAUGAUUUGAAAAUUAUGUACUGUUAAUUGCUUUCUUGAAAAUGUUCAGUCAUUUUCCGCUGAAAGCAAAUGACACUUUAAUUUCUGUUUUGCAUUUGUUAUUUUCAGAAAUAGGACUAAAAAAGCCUGAGAAUUAAAAUUUUUAAGCUACAAUUCUUUUUAAAAGUAUCUAUAAGCAGUUCAUGUUUUACAGAACUAAUGAUAUUUUAAUGUAAACAUAGUUCAACUCCAAAGUUAUUCGAUAAUUACAACUUAUAGGACCUGAAGACUACUAUAAAGCACUCAAAUCGAAAAAACUUGUUUGCAAAUCUUAUCUGUAAAAACAUGUUACUUGUGCAAUGGAUUUGAAUCUUUCAGUGUGAAGUCGCUGAGAUCAGCUUACCUAAAACUGACACCCCUGUCUGUAGGAAUUUGAAAUUAUUUGAUUAUGUGAUAGCAUUACUUGGCAGAUCAGAAGUACUUAAAAAUACUGUCGAAGAUGUAUCAGCCAGCCUCGUGUAUUGAUAAGAUAUGGAGAGGGAAGCACAGGGGUGUGGUUAGCAUGGAAAAUGAGGCCAUUUAAAUGCUCAUUAAAGGUCUCUAAUGCAUCAUUAGCUCUCUGACCUUGGGUAAAUGGUGUUUUCGUAUAGAGGAAAGCAGCUUCCAAUUGAACACUGCCUAUGCCAAAUUAAAGAGCUGAUUUUGAUUUUUAAAGUAUAAUCCUUGGUAAGUUUACUUCAACGUCCUAAGCAUUUUAAUAUAAUUAAAAGGUACAUAGACUGUUGUGGAAUACAGUAGGUGCUCAUCAUAUUCAGCAUUGAUUCUCCAUAUCCGUUGAGCCAAUAGGAUAAUUCCUCUGAAAGGCUUUUUGAAUUCCAAUGCCUGUAUAGUAAAUUUAAAAUCUGGGCUUUUGGUGGACAGACAUGCAAUAGAAAGUACUAUCUGGUGCUACAGGGAAAUAGCAAAAGAAUGGGACUGACUGGAGUGCUCUAGAAAGAGACAUCACAGCCUCAGUACAGUACCUGGCCUCAGGUGCUCUUAUGAAUAUGCCUCAAAUGAAUGUCUACUCUGUAGAGCUCAGUUUAAAGGCUUCAACCUUUUCAGUACCCUGAUUUCUGUUACUGUAAUUAAAUGUAUUAGCACCAGGUAAGGGAUUACUGAACAACUUAAAACUGUCAACCUUAUUUCCAAUACCAUCAGCAUUAUUGAAAAUGAGAGCACAUUAUUAAAUUUGAAGUGUGCUCUUUUUGGUGGGAGCUAGAGGAAGGGAAUGGUGAUAAGUUUAUGCCUUGAAAAUGGAAGAGGAACUGGAAUGUUGUUUGAUCAUUGCCCGUCUUUUCCUGACUAACUCUAGAAUAAAGCAGUGUAUACCAUAGUUAGCUGCAAUCCUGCCACCUUUACUUACUUAAUAACCAUCACUGCUGUGGUCCAUUGUAAGAAUCAAACAGACCUGUGUGAUGCAAGAAAAAAACCAGAGGAAAAAAAUCCCAAAAAAUCAUUGCACUAUUUUAAGACAAACAACCAGAAAGCAAAUUACAGAGCAAAGCUUUGCUGUUGUAAAAUACAGUUAAUUUAUAUAUCUUAAUUCAUCUGUGAAUAGUAAAUUAUUCUCACAGUGUUUGAAAAGAUAUGCAGUCCUUAAAAUUAUGUGGUUAAACGAUGUUUAAAAUAGUUUGGCUGAAUCCCUUCACCUAUAUUAAGCAUUUUCAGUUGACCAAUGAAAAUCUAUUUUACUAAAUAUUUGUUCACUAUCAAUUUCCAGGAGACUUUCUUUACUUGGAUUUGGUGGAAUAUAUGGAGAUGACAUUCUGUGCAUUUUAUAUUUUACUUGGGAGUGCAGUGUAUUUCCAAUUUAGAAUAAGCUCUCUCCAGAGCCCCAACAGAUUUAGAGUAAUUCUAGUUACAGAGCACAGAAAGAGAACCUUCAUCACUCCAUGUCUAUGUUGGUUAAGAAGUACCCAUUUAUGCUGUUCCCACUUAUCAGCACUUCAAUCCAUAUCCUUCUCUGUCUGGUGGCUCAAGGGGCAACUGGGCCAUAAGAUUAAAAUGGCUACAUCAUCUGUAAUGACGCAGAUAACCUCCUUGAACUAGUGAAACUUCAUUGUUUCUGUUUGCAUGUAUUAUGUGCAACUGGACUGUCUGUUUUGAAAUUAACACCUUGCCCUUUGUUAAGGUACACAGCAAGUGCCUGUACCAAGCUAAUUUUAUCAGACAUAAGGGAAAGGCCCCAUCAGAUUUAUACCUUCCACUAGACUUUGAAGGUUUUGGAUUGGAGUGAGUUCCCCCUAUGUUUUCCCCUGUUUAUGAAAUGUUUCCAUUUCUGUCACUGGUCACAGAAUAUUACAGUUAUUAACAAACAUUACAUUUAUGCCAAAUAAAUAUUAAUAGAGCAAUAUUUGGGUAUAAAAUGAACUAGUAGUGGAAGAAGCUGUUUUGGAAGUUCCAUAAGUGUCAUGUAAGUGUAAUUAAAAUUAAACUUUAAAACCAGUCAUUUAAAUCCAUAGCUGGUCCCAUUAUCCAUUAUCUAUUUUCAUCUUUAUUUGAAAUAAUUAAUACAAUGUUUUAGAAGCAGUAAGUGUGCACUGAUUACUUUGUAAUUCAAUUACAACAUUUAUCAGAUUUUCAAAUCCAAUAGAUAAUAUAUCAUAGAAUAAUAUAAAUUCAUAUUAGACUUUAUAUAUGUAUAUAUGUUAUUUAAAUCAGUGCAUUGUCUUUAGGGUCAAAGCUAACUGGACACUGACAGAUGAAUUUAUUUAUACUGGAAAGAUGUGUACGAUAAGCUUUGAGGAAUUUACAGUGGUCAUUGCAAUAAUUAACAUACUCAUCUUGAUUAGAUAUCUGUGUAAUAUUUCUGUGAGAGAAAUGUUACCACUCUGUGAUCAGUGUAACUCAAUACAGAGUGUUUCCAACAGAUAUGAUGUUUAAGGCUACUUUAUGCAAUGGUGCAUUUAAAAUUAUACUGCUACCAAAUAUCAGAUAUAAAAGGUUAAAGUGCUAGGUUUUGCAAAAUGGCUUUUGCUGCAGGAUUUUCCUUAGGCCAAAUUCACAGACUUUCUCUCUUGCACAGAAACUAGUUUAUUAGGUUUCCCCUUGUGUUAAAAUAUCAAUAUUUCCGUGUCAUCACAGUAAGUUUAAAUGUUGUUCAUUUCAGAUAUCCACAGACAGUGCCAUGUGCUGUACAUUGGUUUUGUAUAGGGAUCUCUGAUUAAGAAGUAAGCUCAGAACAUGCUGUGUUAUCCGUUUGUUGCCUGAAUGCUAUAUCAUGUGUGAAGCUGCAUCACAAACAGUAAAAAAUGAAUUUAAGAUGGCAAAUUAGGCAUUUGGUUCACUUUUGCACCUUUUUAAUCUAGUGAAUUAUUCAGCUGUUACAAAAUAUAAAUGCAUAUAGACUCAGUUUAAAUGGAUUAAUAAUACUCUGACAUUUGAGGUCAAGUAGAAGGAUUGUUGUAUACAGUAGGAACAAUCAAGUGAGAAGCUUAUUUUUUGCUUUCUGUGAUGUCAAAUUAGUAAUGUAUCUUUUCUCCCUUGUUCAUUUUCUAAAGCCUGUAAAUCAAUAAUAAUGCUACUGAGAUUUUUAAGUAUAUAAAAAGGUCAAGGUAGUACUUUAACCCUCUUCCAGCUUUAAACUAAAUGAGGUACAGAACAUUUUCAGCUAAUAAACUUUAGGAAACAAAACUUCCAGGCAUGUGUAACAGUUUCCAGUUAUAUAAUUUUAAGCUAAUUGUGAAAAUGUAUAUAAGAUGUAUUUAGGAAGUUUUGACACAGGGAUGUCUUAUCAUUUGAUUUUUUUUUGUAGCAAGUGGAACAGAGAUUGCGUUUUUCUCAAAUGUUGCAGUUCUCUACUUCCAGUGUGUAUCAGAAAACUUUUAAAGAGACAUAUCAAAUUGAUACUAUGUUCUUAUUUCAAAAAUCGAGUGGGUCCACCUGAUUUUCGAUGUUACUUUAACCUACGUGGUUUAGGUCGUUGAUUUUAAAUAAUUAUCAUCUUUCUGAACAAUUGUUGUCAAAGUUGUUUACUAACUGUUAAAACAAGUGUUUCAUGUUUUGUCCAAUGUUAUUUAAAAAGUGCUUUCAAACUGAAUUUACACUGAAACUAACCAGUUAUGUCAGAAUUUGUGAUUUUUUUUUGUUGUUUAAACUAUGUUUCCCAUUCUAUUGAACAUACAGUGUCUGGCUUGCUACUUGCAGUUGCCAAUGCUGUGAAGAUUAAUUUCUUCUCAUAGAAGAAAAUUGUGACUGUAUGAGUACCAUAUUGUAAAAUAAAUGUCAGCUGGCUCAAAUCAUUUGUUUGCUUCUGUGGUCUGUUUUGCCCAAAUCAUUAUGUCUUGUCAUAGAGUCUUACAGCAUGGCA